ACACAUGAUGACAUGGUCUGAUGGUCAUAUAGUCCAAAAAACUAAUCAACCACCCCCGCACGGCUCCAAAUAUACACCACUUGCCACCAACCGCGAUCAUUCCCGAUCAUAUCCACCUCCGUGUGAGUGUGUGAAACACCACAUACACUCACAAAGAUAGAAAUAUAGAAAACAUCGUAACAUCAUGCAGGUGUUGAAUGCGGUGGCGCUAGCGCGGUUCGCCCUCAGAAAUACCGCAGACGGCUUAGCAUCGGAAAUUGAAUUCGGAACACCAUGGUGGUUCAUCUACGCCGGCAUCUGCUGUUUCCUCGUCCUCUUUGCCGGUCUCAUGUCGGGUUUGACUCUUGGUUUGAUGUCUCUUAGUCUCGUUGACUUAGAGAUUCUCAAGCGUAGUGGCACUUCUUCUGAGCAAAAACAAGCAGCUGCUAUCCUCCCUGUUGUUCAAAAGCAGCACCAACUUCUUGUGACGUUGCUUCUAUGCAAUGCAGCCGCCAUGGAGGCACUUCCUAUAUACCUGGACAAGAUGUUUAAUCAGUAUGUUGCUAUUAUACUUUCCGUAACUUUAGUCCUAGCUUUUGGAGAGGUUAUUCCUCAAUCUAUAUGCACUAGAUAUGGCCUUGCUGUUGGUGCAAAUUUUGUAUUGCUUGUGCGCAUAUUGAUGAUUCUUUGCUACCCAAUUGCUUAUCCUAUUGGAAAGGUGUUGGACUGCCUACUAGGACAUAAUGAAGCACUAUUCAGAAGAGCUCAACUGAAAGCACUUGUCUCCAUUCAUGGCCAAGAGGCUGGAAAGGGAGGUGAACUUACUCACGACGAGACAACAAUUAUCAGCGGAGCACUAGAUUUGACAGAGAAGACUGCUCAGGAGGCAAUGACGCCUAUUGAGUCAACGUUUUCCUUGGAUGUCGACUCAAAAUUAGACUGGGAAGCAAUGGGAAAGAUCCUAGCUCGUGGACAUAGCCGAGUACCUGUUUACUCUGGGAAUCCAAAAAAUAUUAUUGGACUUCUGUUGGUUAAAACUCUUCUAACAGUGAGACCUGAAACUGAGACUCCUGUAAGUGCAGUUUCAAUACGAAAAAUUCCAAGGGUUCCAGCAGACAUGCCUCUGUAUGACAUACUUAAUGAAUUUCAGAAAGGUCAUAGUCAUAUGGCAGCUGUGGUGAAGGCAAGACCGAAGAGCAUAAAUAAUUUACCUGUUGUUGAUGUUGAAAAAUCCAACAAGGCAAAAAGCAGCGAUGGCGAGUAUAAUUUAGCUACUCCUUUAUUGUCCAAGAAAAAGGACAACUCUGAGAGUAUUGUAGACAUUGAGAAAAUCUCUAAAGAAAGCAAUACGUACAAUGUGGAGGAUAUUGAUGAGGGAGACGUUGUUGGCAUUAUCACCCUCGAAGAUGUAUUUGAAGAGCUUUUGCAGGAGGAGAUUGUAGAUGAAACAGAUGAAUAUGUUGAUGUUCAUAAGAGAAUACGUGUUGCUGCAGUUGCAGCUGCUUCCUCAGUUGCCCGUGCUCCAUCUGUUCGGAGGUUAACUAGCCAAAAGAACUUGUUGCAUGGCUAGAGACGUAUUUACAAGUUCCAAGAUGUCAUUGAAGGAAUUCUGACAAAUGAAUCAGGGAGGCAUAAAUAGGCAAGGACAAAGUGUGAAGAAGCCCAGUGAUGAGAUACCUACUUCAACAAAAUGAUGAGGGACCUCUCUAUCUAUUGAGCCUGUGUGGGAGAAGAGAUGAGAUAUUAUUGAAAUUUCUGAUUCGUAUACAUAUUCUUGAAAUUAGAUUUAGAACUAGAAGUAUGCUAUGGCGUAAAAUUUUGUAUGGUUCUUUCUGUUUAUAUUUUUUUCGAGAAGAUUGAAACUGUGUUUUUCCCUUUGGCGGUUGUAGAUACUAAGUCAGAGUUGCCAGCAUGUUGGCUGAUUCUUUAUUUAACAUCCUGUGUAACUUUUAAUAAAGCUUCCGCUCCACUGGAAGUUAUUUGCAAUAGAUAAUGCUUCAGCAUUUUUAGUUCAA